AUGUCAACAAUUUUAGCAACGUUGGGGAUGUUCAUCAUUGAUGAGAUCCAAUACCCGCCUUCUUGGAAUAAACCACCUGUUCUUGACCAAAUAGGCGGGGCUGGUCCAUAUGCCAUCAUGGGAGCACGAAUAAUCGCAACAAGCAAAUACUCGAACUCCAUCUCGGGAAUAAUUGACCGUGGGACUGACUUCCCUGAAAGUAUAGAGCAAGAAAUCCAAUCAUGGUCUACUGGGGUGAUAAUUCGUGAUUGCAAGGAUCGAUUGACGACACAUGGUGUCAAUGUGUAUAAUGAAGAUGAAGUACGAUCUUUUUAUUACAAGUCGCCUAAGAAACAAAUUGAAGUUGAUGAUGUGUUACAGUUUGAGCAGCUAGAAUCUAGCAAAUGCUAUCAUUUGAUUUGUUCAAUCCUGAGAUGUGAAGAAAUAAUAGAUAGGUUGAAUAAACAUAACCAAAGUAGGGAAGCGAAGAUAUUUAUCUAUGAACCGCUUCCUGACGAUUGCAAGUCUGAAAAUUUGGACCGUUUGAAACGCGUGCUUCCCAAGAUUCACAUAUUUACCCCAAAUUUGGAAGAAGCAGGAGAAUUGCUUAAAAGUACAAAUGCCAAUUAUCCAGAUGAAUUAGCCGAAGAAUUCAACCAAUGGUUGCAGCUCCCUGAUUCUGGCACAGUAAUUCGUUGUGGUAAACUAGGUUGCCAUAUCCGAACCAAGGAUGGCAGAACUUACGAUCUUCCGGCAUACCACCAGAACCAGGAUAAUGUAGUAGAUGUAACUGGAGGAGGCAAUUCGUUCUGUGGUGGGUUUAUAAUGGGGUACUACUUAAGUGGAGGAAAUUGGCAGGUUGCAGGUAUUGCAGGAAAUAUUGCCAGUGGUUGCAUAAUUGAGCAACUAGGAAUGCCCAAGGUCAAUAGCGACUUGAUAAACAGAAAAUCUCUAUCAGAGAGACUAGACAUAUAUAAGUCUCAGAAUCCCAACUUUAGCGAGAUUCUGUUUACUUGGGUAUGA